UAGAGUCCGGGUCCCAGUCCGAGUACGAGUCAGUUAGCCACCGUCCGUUGCACAGUUCGCACGUCGCGUCUCACUAGGAGAGCCGCCCCGAGAAAGUAGUUGCCCAGUCUAUGGACGAUCCCUAGUUUUGGCUGGAACGGGAGUGGAGUGUAAUGCCAGCGAAUGCCAGCACGUCUGGCCAAUAUUUUGGGCCAUUGGAACGUGAUUUAUGUGGGUCAGCAGCAGCAGCAGAAGCAGCAGCAGCCGAUCGAGUGCCCUAGAGCUACUUAGGAAUAGCAAACCCCCCCCCACUCAGCCCCCCUCUGAGCAACCAAUGCCGCCGGCUGAUAAGAGACCAACGGAGGAGUGUGAUAAGAGCGCCAUUUGAGUGGAGUGGAGUGGAGUGUCGCGGUGCUUGGCGCCAAGUCGUAAAUUAAGUGAUUUCGGUAAACAGAGAGACUCAAACUGAAAUCGAAAUUGCCAUUCCCUCAAUAAUUAGUAUAUAAUCAUUAAUCAAAGCGAAUAUUAAACAAACAAAAAAACCAAAAAAAUGGCAAAACGCCUUGAGAGCCAUGAGGAGGAGGAGGCAGGAGGGGACCUGGAGUUGCCGCUGUUGUCGCAGCAGGAGCGGAGUCAACGGAGGAGUGGAACAAUUCCUGUGUGCAUCAUGCACAACACCGGCAAACCAACCACCGCCUCUCCGCCCACAGCACAGCAGCAACAGCAGCAGCAGCAGCAGGCAAGGCCACAGUCGCCGUCCCCCGGACGGAAUCCCGCGGAGGAUGAGGACGAGACCGAUGUGAUUGGCGACCUGAUGGGGCACUACGGCAAGUGGCAGCUGCUGAUGACGGUGCUGCUGUCGCUCUUCCAAGUGCCCAACACCUUUCACAUAUCCUCGUCGGUGUACCAGGCGGCCAACAAGGACUUCUGGUGCCAGCGGCCGCUGGAGCUGCAGCAGAUGCCCGUCGACGAGUGGCGCAACCUGAGCGGCUCCAACGACAACUGUCAUCGAUGGGAGGGCAUCGGCUGGAGCAGCCUGGCGAAUGAUACCACGCUGCAAGAGGUGAGUCCCUCAGUCCCUUCAUCCCUCUGGAGAACUCAAGUGAAACCCUCUCUAUCUGUCUUUCAGGCAGCGGAGGUGGUCGCCAGCGUGGGCAAUCUGGUGGCCUGCGAGAGCUGGGAAUACGAGACGCACGACAAUGUCGGGAACACCUGGACGUCGGAGUGGGACCUGGUGUGCGACAAGGAGCACCUGAAGAACGUGGCCGAGAUGUUCUUCCUGCUGGGCGUGGCAACAGGUGGCAUCAUCUCCGGCUAUCUGUCCGACAAGUUUGGCCGCAAGACAAUGCUCUUCAUAUCGGCCAUCCUGCAGACCAUAUUCGGUCUCUGCCUGUACUUCUGCAGCUCCUUCGAACUGUAUCUAACGCUGCGCGCCCUCCUCGGACUGGUGUCCGUUUCGGUCACCUACUCGGCCCUCAUUCUGGCCAUCGAGUAUGUGGAUGGCAAGUGGCGGACCAUCGCCGGGAUGUACAAUCUCUUUCCACUGCCAAUCUCCUACAUGAUCAUCUCUGGCCUGGCCUAUCUCACGCAAGACUACCAGGCCCUGCAGCUGUGCAUCGGUUUGCCGGGAAUAUUCCUCUGUUUUCUCUGGUUCGUGGUACCGGAAUCGCCGCGCUGGCUGCUGGUCAAGGGUCGUGUCGAUGAGGUGCGUCGCAUCAUCGAGGCGGCGGCCAAAUUCAACGGACGCCAGCUCCCAGUGGACUACCAGCUGACGCCGCCGACGCAGGAGAGCAGCUCCCAGAACAUAACGCAUCUGUUCCGCUCCAGCUAUCUGCGGCGCAUCACCAUCUGCUUCCUCUGCAUUUGGUUCACCAUGAAUCUGGUCUACUACGGCAUUAUCCUCAACAUGAGCUCCUUCGGGGGCAAUGUCUACUUGAAUUCGGCGCUAGCUGGCCUAGUCGAAAUACCCGCCAUCGCCGUGGCCAUGUACAUCAUCACUAAGGUGGGCAAGAAGUGGCUCUUCUGCGCCACACUCUUCUGUGCCGGCGUGGCCUGCUUCUGCGCCACCAUCACCGAGGGGCGCGAGGACAUACUCUGGCUGAAGAUCACAUUCCUGAUGAUGGGCAAGUUCACGAUCAGUGCCGGGAACACCAUCAUGCCGGUCUACACCGCCGAACUGUAUCCCACGGCCAUCCGCAAUGUCGGCGUGGGCGCCUGCAACGUGGCCGCUGGAUUGGCCCUGAUCCUGACACCCUAUAUAUCGCUGCUGAACAAAAUCGAGGGCCACUUGCUGAUGGCUCUGCUCACCGCCUGGAGCAUCUUUGGGGGCUUUGUGGUGCUCUUUUUGCCCGCGACGGCCGUCCGACGCAAUGCUGCCAACUCGGGAUCGGGCGGUGGCAAUCAGAAUGCUGCCAGUGCUGCCAAGCAGGUGUAAUAAUCGCUGCUGUCCUGCCCAGCCUCUCUGCCCUGCCCUGCCUCUGCCUCUGCCUCUACCUGUGCCCCCGCCCUGAAGAACAAAAUAUAUUUUGGCUGGUCCAAAGUAUGAGCUGAUGAUGAGAAGAAGAGAAGUACAGACCCUAGCCCAGCCACGCGCCUGGAACCUGUAACGAGUCGACAUAUCCACCGCCUCAAGCCACCUCUAUCCAAUAGAUCCAAGAGAUCCCACAGAUCCCACAGAUAAAUAGAUAAACCAAAUCGAUUUGACACGCAGUUAUUGUACGAAUGGUAAUCGAGCAAUCGAAUGUCCAGAUCUAUGCCAAUUUAGAACGCUAGAACGUCACAGAAUGUCAGGCAGGACCUUGUUUUUGCGUAGCACGUAGUGAGUACGAGUAUCUUAACAAUUAAUAAAACUACAACUAAAACUAAAACUAAAGCGUAAUGUAACGUAAUGGCUUAUAGCUUAUGUCAUAGUCUCUAAGUAUCGGAACACAAACCGCAAAAAGCAACAGAAAUACCACCCUGACAAAAUCCGUAGAAGAUUCUGUGUCUUUCCAGAGCUCAAACGAGACUUCGGUUCGCAUCGAAGGCAAUGAAUUUUUCCACAGAGUUCGGGGAGGUCUAUCAACAGAUAUCCCCCCACUGGAACUCUGUGUGAAUUUUGAGUAAAUCCCAUAGAAUAUCUUGUUGAAUUAAUGCAUGUACACAAGUAUUGCUAAUCUAAUUACAACACAGACACCCACACACGCAAAUUAUAUUCUUGUCAAUAUGUCUUGUCAAUAUCUCAACGUACACAUAAUCUUCUUGUCGUCGUCGUCGUCGUCGUCUUCUUGUUGUCUAUUAAUAAAAAAUGUUUUCCAAAACGCGAGAUCAAUUAGUGAAGAGUGAAGAAUGAAGAGAAGAGGCUAAAUAAAUCUUCGAGAAUUGUAAUCUCUAGUAAUCGUAGUCAAUUAAUGCUUAGUCCUAUCCGUACAUAUACACACUAUAUAGUGCUAUAUAUAGGGCAGAUCAGUCAUCAGUGAGUAUCGGUCAAUUAUAUGGAUUUGUAUAUAGUACAGUCAUGUACCCCGAGGACGAGGAGUUUUAUUGUUUCAAAAGUCGGCUCAAGAAACAGAACAACAAAAUUUCCAAUAUAAUGCAUUUAACAAUUAAUUAAUAUACAUAUGUAUAUGUGUGUAUGCCUAUGUAUAUGUAUAUGUAUAUGUGUGCGUGUAUGUAAAUCAAUAAAUAAAAUGUAGCAAAGAAAUACAUGCAUAUGCGCGUCGUAUAAAAGUAUCUGUUGAAUCGCUUGUUGUACUUAUGUAUCUUGUAUCUUAAAGAAUUGUUAUACUCAUUUCUCCAUUCAAAGAUGUGCAUAUAUAUUUUGUAUUAUUUUUACAUAGUUUAUGCUUAAUGUUUUGUUGUCUACUGUACUUACGAUAUAAGAUCCGGAGAGACUCUUUCUUUAAGUUUCGAAAUAAAUGGAAUACCCGAGAAUCAAUUAAUUGUUAAUUUUUAGGCCGGCAGAAGAGAUCAGAUCAGAUCAGAUCGGUUCGGAUCGGAUCGGAUCGCUCUUCUUCCCAAGAAAGUUUGAAUAAAUAAAUAUAUAUAUAUGAAAA